GUUUAGAUAAGUCGCGCGCACUUUUGUUUUGCUAGCGGGAAUUAGCCGCAUAGGUAGCUCUUGUACAUUUGACACAAUGAGUGAAGUUAAGUUAUGUAUAGCUCUGCACACGAUUUUGUAAUGUACAAUCGUGUAGAUGGAACUAUUUGGUAGUCGCAAGACUAAAGUGGCUUUUGUCCAUUAGCUCAACUAGCUAGCAGAACGAGAAUCAAGCUAACGUAACGACGCUAGGAGUUAGCACUAGCCUUUUAACAAAUAGUGUGCUGAUGGACUCCAAAAUUCCGAAACUGGAAAGACCGCAGAAGAGGCUCCGCUACUUCAUAAGUCAAGAGUGUAAAUCUACAGAAUUGCAAGACAAACGGUUGCAAUUGAAGGACAUUGACAAGUUGUUCGAUGACCUGGACUCUACCUCAGAGGAAGAGCUAGAAAUACCAACUCUGUCUCCCGUACUGAAGACAUGUACUGCUGUAGAGGAGCAGCGGAGUGGAUCACCUGUUCCAGAACCAUCUCCUCCUAAAGAGACAUGUCCUGCUGUAGAGGAGCAGGGAAGUGCAUUACCUGUUCCAGAACAAUCUCCUCUUACAGAGACAUGUCUGGUGUCUCAGGCUGUUACACCUGAGGAGCUAAAAUGUGAGGCAAUAAAGGCAUUGUACUGCCCUACACUUGAUGCUGAGGUUGUGAUGCCAUUCAAAGAACACGGCCCCAUCAAGACAUCAAGUCCCAUUGAGCAGGAGGUGCAUGUGGACAACGCAGACUGUUGCUAUAGAGACAAGACAGCCUCUCCACUCUUGUUUGUCUGUGAGGAUGAAGAGGAUGUCCCUCCCAAACUCAACCCCUCCACCUCACAGGAAGUGCCCUGCAGUGGACAGGCAACAGAAAGUGAGGAUGACCUCGGGGUGGACUCGCCUCCGACGAAGUUUGCUUUGCUCUGCAAAAAAAAAGCACCGUGUGAAGAGAAUCGUAAAAUCCUGGAAAACCCACCACAGUUUGUCCAAUGUGCUGUACCUCAGUCCAUUCCACAAGAAUCCUUGCAAGAAAGGUCCUGCCCUUUAGUCUCAACAGUGACACAGGACACCCAACCUCCUUGUGAGCCCAGACCCUCCCUGGUGACAGAGGACAAGUCCAAAGAAAAGCAGAAAGACGCGUUUGCCUUUCUGUUAAAACUGAGGGAGGCUAGCCAGCCCAUACCAGCACGCUCAAAGCCGGUGCCUUCUAAAGUGAGCGAACCUCCUCCUGAGGAUUUUGACGAUGACUUCAUGAUUCUGGAGGAUGAUGGCCCUAGCUUGUUUUCCAUCCCGAGGAAGACUGACCCGAACAAAAGCAAGGCACGGGCAAAGCAGAACAAAGUUCUGAGCUCUUCAUCCAACAAAGACGCGUCUGCAGACGUGGUUCCCCAGCGGGACCACGGAGGCUGUGCCCCCGGGGAGCAGGAAGCCCUGGAGGGAACGGAGAACCCGGCUCAACAGGAAGGAAAGGGAAGGAAAGGGAAGGCAGCUCAUAGAGGUGCGUCACCGAGACCUGUCCUCUCCACAUGCACGGACAAGAAGGGUGCUGUGAUAGACCGAGAGCAGAGCUCCAGUCCUGGAAGAUUGACGAGGCCUGAGAGCGAGGCCGGUGGGUUCACCAAUCAGGACGACCGAGACAAACCUCCGUCAAAGAAGAAAGUAGCUACCAAGGUUUCAUCUAAAGCUACAUCAGCCGAAGAAGAUGGAAAGAAGGACAGACACGGACAAGGUGCCUCUGCCAAACCCAGCAAAAGAAAACAAAAGACGGAGGAGAAAGCUCCCAAACCAUCAGAUGCUCCAAAAUCCAAACCUGCCAAAGAUGGUCUGGAGAAGCCCAAGAGGGGAAGAGGCAAGUCUGCCAAGGGGAGCAAAGAACUUUCCCCCGGGCUGGAGCCGCCAGAACCUGCUGAAGAACCUGGUCACGUGGAGGACUUGGAGGAGAACGGAGGAGAUGGAGACAGGAAGGAGGAGGAGGAUUCUGCGCCAGAAAGGGCAAAGAACAAACUUCCAAAAGGACAAAUAAAAGCAACUUCUAAGGGCCCCUCCAACCCUAAGGGUAGAGAAUCCAAGCCCGUCACUGUGGGGGUUUCUGACCCGCGUGCAGAGAGCCCUGUGCUAGCGAAGAGAAAGAAGUGUGCGCCUGGGGCCUGGUGGCUAGGUGUGUCUGACAGAACCACAAACACCGAGGCCGACAGUGGACCGGCUGUUAAAAAGUCUAAACAGAGCAGCAGGAAGACGGCAAAGGCCUCUCCACCUGUGGUGCAGGACGAGGCGCUGGAAGGAGGUGGAGGUGUGAGUGACAGGAAGCCGUCGAAGCUCUCGUCCAGGCGGUCUGCAGAUCCACAGCCUAAGAAGGCUGGUGCGAGGGCCAGGCACACCAGGAAGAGGAAGAGCAGCCGACCAAAGCCAGAAAAACCUGCUGAGACAGAAGUGGAAGUUGUGGUCGACUGUGGUAGCCAUGACCAGGGAGAGCUCAGCCCACAGCCCAGUCCACUCAGACAACAUACCUCCACUCCCAGUGAAAAGGUGUUUGACCGGGUGUAUGGUCGCACCCCCAACGCAAAGUCAGCCCUGAACCACCCCUCCACACCUCUAAGACCCCAUAAUCACGAAAAUAUUCCCAUGCAAGAAAAACGAUGCCGUAAAGCUCCUGGAAACUGGUGGGAAAUCGGCAGUCCUCCUGCCGACGUAGAGGCUACCCCCUCGCCGCCACGGAAACCCAAAGACAAGAACACGAAAACGCAAAAAGGUGAGGCGAAGCACCCCAAACCACACAAGUCACCUUCUCUCAGACCGCAUCAGAACGGCCGAUUGGCCAGCUCGCCCAAACCUCGCCGCACAGCGCACGAGCCACCACUGAAGAAGAAAGACCUCUCUGCUCCCAAGACCGCGAAAAGGUCCCUGGCCACGUUCGCAGCCAUCUUCACCUCAGGCGACACAGUGCCCCCAGUGACGAGGGUCAGAAGUGCGGCCCGGCGUGGCGGACGUCAAACAUUGUUCCCCUCCCAGGGCCAAGGCUCGGCCCAGAGCAGUCUCGCCAGCGAGGGUACCAACACUGAGGAUGUCGAUGCAGGUCAAGAACCUUCCGGCAGCUUGAUCCCCUGUGAUGACACUUCCAGUCCUGUAGAGACUCCUACCAUCUCAGUGUGUAUGGAGUCUGUAGGCGAGCUGGGAAAGAGGUUGAGCUGGCCCUCCAUCAGCCAACGCCUGUCAGACAACACGUUAAAGGGCUUCGUAAGUGGGCCGUCCUCCAUGAUUGAUCUGGAGCAUCACGAGGAAGACGAGGACAUGUGUUUACCGUCGUCCAGAUUGUCUGUGCCUGUACUGGCUGGCUCUGAGCUGUGUGGGCCUCCUCUCCGGCCGCUGCUUCUGCAGCAGGAGGACCGGGCCAACCUGCAGGAGUGGCUCAAGGUGCUCUGGCCCACCACCAUCAAGGGAGGGGGCCAGAUAACUCCGGAGCAGUUCCAGUGGUACUCCUACCGAGGCCGAGCCCUGGGCCUCCGUGUAGACCUGCAGGCCAGCUCCUUCUGCAGCGGAAGAAUCCUGCUGGGCUCCUUCAUGAAAAAGCCUCUCUGGGUGGAUCACAGCUUCACAUCGGUUUAUAAUGUCCUGACGAGUUGUGUCCGCGUGACCCUCAACGGGAAGGUGUCGCUUUACAACCCCGGACAAACGUUCAUGGUCCCAUGUGGACAUGCCUACAACAUUCACAACCUCGCCCAGGAGCCUGCAGUCCUCUACUUUAACAGGAUGCAGGCUGAAAGCCCAGAGUGAAGACAAGAUGGCCGCCCAACCAGCCUUCCUGUCAACCUUUCGACGUCCUCACGGAUUUACUCAUUGUUCAAUUAAAAUUGUUUUGGUAGUCCAUUAGAGUAAACAUGGAGCUUUAACUGCAGAUAGGAGCACCUUCUGAAAUAAUUGUAAGAUGAUCUUAUUCGGAUAUUGUGUACAUAGUGUUAACUGACUGCAUUUUUGUCAGUUUUUUAAUAACCGUAGCGGUUAAAUGGUGCAUCAUAUAAAGUCAACUUAAUUGAAAUGAUGCUCGUGAAAAAAAUAAGAAAAAAGAAAAAAAAAACUUUCAGAAGUCAUAGUCUUCCUUAUUCUUUAAAUACUGUGUUA